AAUAUAAAACAUUUUUAUGUUUAACUUGGGAAUAAAACUGGCCAUUCUUGUUACGGUUAAAUCGGAAUGAUUUACGAUUACACCUAUGUCCCAUCCCUUGAAAGUCACGUGACCAGCUUGCGUUUGAGCGCACUAACAGCUGCUUGUAAAUAGAGGCUGUAAAUAUAACGUAUAUAGUUUAAAGAUGAGUUUGGGUGCGCGCGCCACCAAGGGUGGUGCGAAGGGGGGCGCUAAAGACGGCAAGCAUGCACAGGACACUCGGAAGAGCACAGACAAAACCCAGACCAAGGAGAAGGUUAAACCACAGGCUACUACAGAACAGCUCCGGAUGGCACACAUGAUCGAUCGUAAAAGCGAUGACGCGUCUGACGUUCGAAGAAUGGUGCUGGAGUUGAUGGAGAUGACGUGCCGCACCGAGGAGGAGGUGUGCUCGGCGCUGCACGACUCCGACAACGACAUGGUCGCCGCCUGCAACCUGCUGCUGGAGGAGAGCCAGCGGAUACAGGGCGAGUGGCGAACCAGCGAGAAAAAGAAAAAGAAGCCACCAGCCCCCGCUGGCAACGGUGAACUAGACCCACCACGGGACCCGCGCAGUCGCUCUGGACCCAGGCCACGUCGCGGGUCAGGCGAGCGGGGCGGCGAGCGCGGCGAGCGGGCGAGGGCGGGUGGCGCGGGCGCGGCGGCACGCGCGGGCGGGCGGCGCGCGGGGGCGGGCGGCGGCGCCCGUCGCCCGCGCCCGAGCGCGCCUGCUGGGACCACACGCAGCCCGGAGGUGAGUGUGCAGGGCGGCGCGGCGAGCGGGGCGAGGGCGGGCGGCAGCAACAACAUCGUCGACACAUUCCCCACCACAGAAGACUGGGACAACGAGGAGUGGUCCGGAUCUCUAUCAGACACCAAGGUGUUGCAGGUGUUCACGCCCAGCUCCGCCGCGCAGCCCGCCGACGCCGCGCCCGACGCGCCGCCCACUCAGAAUACGGAAGUUAAAGAGUGGGAGGCGACGGAGGCCAACGGUCCGCUGGAGGCGCACAUCCCCACCUACACGUACCACAACUCCGCGCACAUACCCGCGCAUCCCCACCACCCGCUACGGGACCAAAUAAGUUCAGUGAGCCGGCAGUCGCCGGUGUCGGGCGCGGUGGCGGCGCCGGCCGAGCCGCAGCCGCCCGCCGAUACUUACCAUCAUCCGGUUCAUCAUCAGCCAAUGGGCAUGUCUGGAAGUCUGACGGCGGCGCAGUCGCAGUAUCUCUCGCAACUCACACAGCAGUCGCAGAGGCACGACAAUAGCGUGUACACGUCAAAUUACGGCGUGUACGGCAACACAGACAUCACCAGUCAGAGGAAACCGCAGCGAGCGAGAGUUCCUCCUCCUUCUAAGAUCCCGUCUAUGGCGGUGGAGAUGCCGGGAGGCGGCGAGGGCGGCAUGUUCCUGGACGUGCAGUUCGGAGCCCUGGAGCCCGACGCGCUCCGGGACAACUGCACCCCCAAGCCGCAGCAGCAGCAGCCGGCGCCGGCACCGACAGCGUCAGCGGCGCCCGCAGCCGCGCCCGCCUCCCCCGCCGCCGCCACGCCGCCGCACGAGCCGCCCGCCGACACCCCGCCCGCGCCCAUGCCCUACCAGCCGCCCAGCACUGCCGUAUGUACCAACACAGCAGCAGCGGCGCCACCAGCGCCCGCCUCCUGCCGCCGCCACGCCGCCGCACGAGCUGCCCGCCGACACCCGCCCGCGCCCAUGCCCUACCAGCCGCCCAGCACUGCCGUAUGUACCAACACAGCAGCAGUGGCGCCACCAGCGCCCGCCUCCCUGCCGCCGCCACGCCGCCGCACGAGCCGCCCGCCGACACCCGCCCGCGCCCAUGCCCUACCAGCCGCCCAGCACUGCUGUAUGUACCAACAGCAGCAGUGGCGCCACCAGCGCCCGCCUCCCCGCUGCCGCCACGCCGCCGCAUCGAGCUGCCCGCCGACACCCCGCCCGCGCCCAUGCCCUACCAGCCGCCCAGCACUGCCGUGUGUACCAACACAGCAGCAGUGGCGCCACCAGCGCCUGCCUCCCCCGCCGCCGCCACGCUGCCGCAUCGAGCUGCCCGCCGACACCCGCCUGCGCCCAUGCCCUACCAGCCGCCCAGCACUGCCGUAUGUACUAACACAGCAGCAGCGCGCGCCACCAGCGCCUGCCUCCCCGCCGCCGCCACGCCGCCGCACGAGCCGCCCGCCGACACCCCUGCCCGCGCCCAUGCCCUACCAGCCGCCCAGCACUGCUGUAUGCCAACAGCAGCAGCGCACCAGCGCCUGCCUCCCCGCUGCCGCCACGCUGCCGCAUCGAGCUGCCUGCCGACACCGCCUGCGCCCAUGCCCUACCAGCCGCCCAGCACUGCUGUGGUGUACUAACACAGCAGCAGCGGCGCCACCAGCGCCUGCCUCCCCGCCGCCGCCACGCCGCCGCAUCGAGCCGCCCGCCGACACCCCGCCUGCGCCCAUGCCCUACCAGCCGCCCAGCACUGCCGUGGUGUACCAACACAGCAGCAGUGGCGCCACCAGCGCCCGCCUCCCCGCCGCCGCCACGCUGCCGCAUCGAGCCGCCCGCCGACACCCCGCCCGCGCCCAUGCCCUACCAGCCGCCCAGCACUGCCGUAUGUACCAACACAGCAGCAGCGGCGCCACCAGCGCCGCCUCCGCCGCCGCCACGCCGCCGCACGAGCCGCCCGCCGACACCCCGCCCGCGCCCAUGCCCUACCAGCCGCCCAGCACUGCCGUAUGUACCAACACAGCAGCAGCGGCGCCACCAGCGCCCGCCUCCCCCGCCGCCGCCACGCCGCCGCACGAGCCGCCCGCCGACACCCCGCCCGCGCCCAUGCCCUACCAGCCGCCCAGCACUGCCCUGAGUGAGAGUUUAGCAGUAGUGGAGCCGACGCCAGUGAGUGCGCCGGCCACCACCGAGCCCACUGUCACUAACACUACCUCGUCCCUGGAGGCGGCGCUGUCGAGCAUGAAGCAGCUGUCGGUGUCGGACGCGCCGCCGCCGCAGCACCAGCCGCAGCACCACAGGCCCAAGACUGUAGGACAACAGAAUGUGUACGCGCAUCACGCGGUGUCACAUCACCCGCCUGUAUACGGAGCUAAUGUCUACGCGCCACAGGUGAACUCGACCAACGCGUCGCUGACGGGCGCGUCGGCCAUGUCGGCGUCCGCCUACCCGUCCAGCGUCACGCUCACGCAGUACCAACCCAUCAUCAACUCAUACCAGACAUCGUCGUCGGCGGGCCCGUACGGCGGCAGCGCCCUGUACACAGCGGCGCCUUACACGCCCUACCAGCCCACCGCGCAGCCCAAGCAGCCGCCCAAGGAGACGCAGCAGCAACAGUACGACAGUUCAGUGGCGUCGAGUAACAGUUUAACGAGUACGACGACUCAGACGCAGACUUCCACAGCCAAAGUAGCGACUACCACAGUGGCGGGGCACGGGUCUGGGUACGCGGGCGGCGCUGUACGGCGCCGCCGCCACGCCGGCCUACGCGCCACGACGACCAGCUCAUGCGCUCCACGCUGCCGCACCACAUGCUCAUGCGCUCCACGCUGCCGCACCACAUGGUACGUACACUAUACCACGCCGGCCCUAGCGCCCUACGACGACCAGCUCAUGCGCUCCACGCUGCCGCACCACAUGGGCGGGUACUAUGAGGUGGGUUACGGCGGACGGGACGCGACGUUCGGCCUCAGCGCCGGCGAACGAUUCGGAAGGACUGAUGCUGCUUCACCACAACAGGUGCCAGCGGCGGCGUUACCUCCCGGCUACGCGUACUUCGCGUACCAACCGCCUCCCACCACAUACCAGUAUGGCGUCUAUCCUACGUACGGCGGCGGUUCGAACGUGGGCGGCGUGGGCGGAGUGGGCGGCGUGUCGACGCAGGGCAAGGUGUCCACCUACACGCAGCAGCAGCCCUACGACGCGCAGGACUCAUAUAAACCUGGCGGCGGCUACACGGGCAGCGGCAGCAAGGCGGGCGGCGGCGCGGCGGCGGAGCUCGGCAACGCCAUCUACGCCAAGCCGCAUCCCGCGCUCAACAAGGUCAACAGUUACGAGAAGGCGUCGCCCACAGCGGUACGCCGCCCCUUCGGCGGAGCCUCGCACCUCUACAUCCCCGCGCCGCCGCACCACCACCCGCACCACCACGCGCCGCAGCAGCACCAGAUGGAUGUACGGGUGAACAGUAGUCAUAAUAGGCGGGAGAGCGGGGCGGGCGGCGGUCGGGCAGCAGCCAGCAAGCCGGCGGCCAGCAAGCCUAGCUACUCGCAGUCCUACUGGGCACCCAACUAGCUAACACUGGAUCGGGCGCUCGGUGCGGGUGCAGCGUGCCCUCUGAAGUAACCUAGCUCAAUACUAAACCAACUCCACGCGACACAAAUACCGCAUUAUUAUAUAAAUUCAUAGUGUAAAGGCAUCGCCGCCGUCACCUAAGAUUUUUUUUUUCAUUUUUUUUAAAUACUACUGUCGUCGGUAGCCAGAUGUCGUAGUUGAACGAUGCAAUAUAAUUAUGUAUUUUAUUUGUUUAUGAGCGUCGUGACGACGUCGAUGCAUCAUCUCAUUCGUUAAGUCCGCUAUCAUAGGUUUCAAUUGUUUAAAGAAAUUACCUCUAGUGCUAUGUAUAUCUAAUAAAGUAUGUAUAUGUAUGUAAGCAUUUGGUACGCUAUGCGCGCCGAAGUUUUUUAUUUAGUUGACAUACUUUUUGUAAUUAACACUUAUUAUUAAAAAUGAUUAAAGAGAUGUCAUAGGACGAUAAUCGUAAUUGUAACGAGUAUGAUAGUCGAGCUCUUUUAUAUGUGGAAGAAUGCACUUGUGAUGAUCUCGCGGGCAUUUGAAAGUAUGACGGAUUACACAUAUUGGAACUUGA